AAAUGCAGCUUGGAGUUCAGUCAUGCCAGCAAAGGAGCAUGACGAUGCACCGGCGGAUGAUGUAGAGCCUGGAUCUGUGCUCUUUCAGAGCUCUGGCCAUCCUCCCCCCUUGCUUGCCUUGGCUCACAGUCUUCAUUUAGUUUGAUGAACUAAAGAAACACGAUGACAGUGGAAGAAUUUGCUCUCUGAUGAUUCUGGUUGGAGCUUGCUGUGGUGCAGAACUUGAAAGGAGGCCGAGGUUUUAUAGAGUGGAGGCAAGCAUGCAGUGCCCUUCCUCCUAUGCAACCAUGCUAAUACUUCCUUUUCUCCCUUUAUUUAAUCCCAGGGGACAAAUCUCUGAAUCUGAAUGUGGGUUAUUGUUCCUGUCGCCGACAGAAAGCUUGAUCUUAUUGACGGAUAUGAUCAUUUCAGAUAACGGACAACUCAUCCUGCUGCAUACGUGUUGAAAUCUGCAGAUUCAGUAGCGGUUCAGCAUGGCUCUGAUGAAGGUUCUCAGUAUCUGGCACUUCUGCUUGCGGCUGAUAAAAAAGGAUAAUAAGUGCACCCUAUGCCUGCCUAGUCUAGCGCGAGGAAAUUCUAACAUAUCCUGAGGCAGGGAGGGAACUGGCAAGUAUGGAUCUGAUUAAUGUUGUUGUAUUCAGUAUGAACAAUAGCACAUGAUAAAACUGCAGCAGUUUUAAGGGCUAAGAUGCAGCCUUGAGCAGCACAAAACUGCAGUUUUUCAGGGCAUGUAUGGCCACUUGAUCCUGUCUGCGGCGCGGCGCACGGUCCUCAAUCAUGCAUUCUGCGGCACCCCUGAGCACUGUGUUCUGAAGGGUCCAUCCAUGAUCACAUUGCUAAAUAAGUAUUGUUCCUCUCCUCCCUCUUAACCAUUAUCAUAAGGAAAUAACAUAGUAGGAGCAUGCAUUUGGACUCACAAGUGUCCCAUCUAAGGCUCAAAAGUGUUGACUGCAUGUGGGGUGGUGGGGUUGGGGGUGGGGUUCUUGAGAUACCGCACCAGAUAUCCUCCAGCCCACUAUAUAAAGCAAAGAUGAUUUGCACCACUGCAUCUCGCCAUUACCAGCAUCAACUGAACAAGAGGAGAGCCCUGAACUGAACCUGAACCUUAAACUUUUUUUGCUGCAUUGCUCCCGGUGUGGUGGGUAGCCAUGGAGCAGAGGAAGCAGAGAGGGAGGCUGCAGAGGGUCCUGAUGGAGCAGAAAGCCAGGCUCUACAUCAUCCGCCGCUGCGUCGUCAUGCUUCUCUGCUGGAGUGACUGAUCUGAGCUCCUCCAAGGCACAAUCCCAAUGUGCCUUGUCUCCUCCAUUCUCUCCUGCUUUUCUCUCCAUGUUUUUUCACAUUGGCCUUUUUCCUAAGAAGGUUCUCUGUUUUCUUGCCUCUUGUCAAAGGCAAGGGUGACUAGUAUUGUAAAGCUUGAAUGUGAAUACAUGCUGACAGUAUUUUUUUUCCCUCUCAAAA